AUUGCCUUAAAGAGGAAACACUACUUUACUGAUAAACUCUUUAUUUGCUGUAAAGGAAAAGCUAUGGCUCAUGUCACCAAUAGCUUUAUGUUUGGUUAUUUUGUAUUCGGCUUAACAUGGAUAUUAUUUUUAUUUCCUUCUACAAGUGGACAGGAAAUAGAACUAAAGAUUCAAAACCGUGUUAGUGUGGCUCUUAAAGGAGAAAAUCUCACCAUUUCAUUUCAGUUGACGAAACCAUCCAAUCUAACAGACACCCUGAUUUGUUUUGAUCCUCUUAAAAAAUCCAUCAAUCCAUUAUUUAUAACAGAAAACAAAGAGAAGAAUAAAUUUGUUCUUCAAAACGUGACAAUCUCUGGGAAAUAUUAUUGUCGGUAUGAAAUGACCAAUGCCUCUUGGUUUCUGAGGGUAAGAGACAGUUAUUAUAAGAAAGUGGAGGACUACACAGUGGUUAUCACAGUGUCUAUUAUCACUGCACUGCUGCUAGUGUUCAGUGUCGUAGGAUCUGUCUAUGUCUUUAGGGGAAAUUGGGGAUGUUGUAAACCCCAAAAUAAUGAAAGUAAAAAUGAAAGACAAAAGGAGAAGGAGGACACUGCAAAUGUUGAAGCAGCUCAGACUACAUCUUUCUACGCUAGUCUAGAAUCUCGCCCAAGGUCUGUUUAUGAUGUGCUGGACCACUCUACUGCUGCUUCUCCUGGUAGACACAAAGACCAAACAAAAGUCAAAGCACCUAAGAAAAAGGACGUUCAAAAGACAGUGAGAGAUCAAAACCCAGAUGACGGAUGUGUUUAUGAAAACUUCUAAUGUCAUUGCACACACUGAAAACUUUUAAAAAUUCAUUAUAAUACGUUUUUGUUAUAUUAAUUUGUUGUUUUAAAUUUGCUUUAUUUAUAAAAAUGCAUGCGCAAACCUGCAAAUAAACAUGUACAAGAACA